UAUUUUCAUAUUUAUUGUUUUAACUAAUUAGUUUAUAUGGCAAAUUCUUAAAAUGCUACUAAGCUCAAUUGCUGUUUUCAAUUUAUUGGCAAUAAACAAAUUAACACUUGUCAAAUAAGAAAAUUUAAACACAAAUGCAUUUACAGUAACACGCAAAACUGCAACUUUCAAACUUUGUCUAAGUGUGUGUGUGUGUGUAAGUGUGAGUGCGCGCGAUAGUGAACGUGUGAAUGUGUGCAAAAAAACAAAAAUUGCAAUGCUUCGUAUUCGUAUCGAAUUUUCUUGAUUUCCACAUGUACAUAACUGCAAUUGCAAUAACAACAACAACAGCGGCAACGUAGACAACAUUUAUUUCGUCUGUGUAUGGAUAAAAUCUAUAGAAGAGCCGGCAAAAACGACGACGUUAGGGGCAAAUCAAGAUGACGCAGAGCAAACAGCCAUUACCAUGCUGUUCCUCCUCCUCUGCCGCUCCAGGAGCCAUGGAGUUGGGCAACAUUUUGCUCAACAAUUUCCAAUUGAAAAAGAAAAGCUAUCGUGUACUGCUCCAUGGACAGCAAUUGAUUUGGGAACGCAUGCAAAAGAUUAGGGAGAAUGAGAAGCAAGCUCCACCAAUGGAAACUAAAGUCAUUCCAGAUGGUUCAACCGGAUGUGCCUAUGGUCCGAGUAGUCAUGUUUUACACAUUGAUGACAUUAUUAGCGUUAAGUCGGGUGACACGAAGGUGGCCUCAAUGAAACCCCCCGAUCAUGUACCCAUAUCGGGUGGGUCCACAAGACCUACGAAUCAAUAUCUGACUAUAAAUUAUGCUCAGAGAUUGAGUAAAUCGAAAACCGAUUGCAACCGUUGGCAAUUGCAACGCUUGACCCUCUACAAUGCGGAUCCGUAUAUAGUACGUCAAUGGUUGGAAGAGUUGCAGUUGCGUUUGAGUGACUCCACGCCGACAAGAAUGCGUGUGCGACGUCUAUUGGUGUUCAUCAAUCCGUAUGGCGGACGCAAGGCAGGAUCUCAGACAUAUGAACGUGAUGUCAAGCCCGUUUUCCAGUUGGCAGGCAUUGAUGCCACUUGUAUAACCACACAGAGAGCAAAUCAGAUACGUGAUAUAUUGUUAACGCACGAUCUCAGUUGCUACGACGCGGUUUGCUGUGUCGGAGGCGAUGGCACCGUGGCAGAGGUUAUCAAUGGCUUGAUCUUUCGUCGCAUUAAAGAGUUGGGCUUAGAUGAGCGAAAGCCGGCGUUCAUUCCACGGCCAGAGUUAACAGUGGGCGUUAUACCCGCCGGUAGCACCGACACCAUUGCCUAUAGUAUGCAUGGUACGGCGGAUGUCCGUACAGCAGCCAUUCAUGUGAUAUUGGGCCAACAUCGUGGCCUGGAUGUGUGCAGUGUGAGCAAUAGUCAGACUCUCUUGCGUUUCUGUGCGAGUGUCCUUAGCUAUGGCUAUCUGGGCGAUGUGGCCGCACAGAGUGAACAAUAUCGUUGGAUGGGCACUCGCAGAUAUGAGUACAGUGGUGUCAAAGCCUUCAUCAGUAAUCGUGGCUAUGAGGCCGAAUUACGUUUAGUUGAAGAGGUUAAUUCCCCGCUGUCUCCGCAAACCCCUUUAAUCGAUGAUGACAAUGUCUCCACUAUUUGUUAUGCCAAUUGUGAGCGUUGCAGCUUUGCCAGUUCCAUAAUAGAUCAACGCUCCUCGAUAUUUAAUACCGAGCAAUUGGCUCAAUCAAGGGAAGAAUUGCCACAGAAUGACGUUCCAACGGUCGAACAGCCCGCUCUUCAUUUAAAUUCUAGCGAAACUGCAUUAUUAAGGCGUCCACGUCCUAACCAACUGCAAUUAACAUCGUCGACAGCUAGCGGAGGAUUGCUCAAUUCCACCUACGAUUUGAACUCACCUGAGCAUCAAUGGAAGACCAUUAAAGGCAAUUUCUUUAUGAUUUGUGGCGCCAAUAUAACCUGUGCCUGUUCCCGCAGUCCCAAUGGCAUUUCGCGCUACAGUCAUUUGGGUGAUGGUUGUCUGGAUUUAAUUUUGGUUAAGAAAACCUCACUGAUCAAUAAUGUCAGAUUCCUCCUGAACACGGCUGGAAGAGGAGGCGAUAUUCGUAAUCUACCUUUUGUGGAGGUCUACCGUACUAGAAAAUUCCAAUUUAGAACUUUAUCAGCAGCCGCCGCCAGCGAGGAGAGCAAUUUCAGUCUAGGCGGCUCUUGUCAGCCCAUAGCUCAAGCGGAAGUGGGUGGUACUUCAGAAUAUUCCAGCUGGAAUUGUGAUGGCGAAGUGGUCACCGAUUUAGACAUUACCAUGAUAUCGCAUUGUCAACUCAUUGAUGUUUUUAUGCGUGGACCACAUUCCUAUAGCAAGCCGCUUAAAAGAGAUAACCACGCCCCCAUGUCACCGACAACGCCUAACAGUUCCAGUGAUAAUGUUUAUUGCUGUUGCAACAAUUAGAAGAAGCUUUACGAAAUUGAAUAUGAAUAUUUUUAAACCUUUGGCCGUGACACAAAUUAUAUAUGUAGCUUGUAAUAGUCCCUGAUUAAUUGUUAAAGCCUAGCUCAACUAUGCGCGUAAUACAUAUGUAUUAUAUAUUAUUGAUAUAACUAGACUGUAUUAUUUGGAGGCAUCUAAAAGAUGCGAUAGAAAAUCAAGCACAAAACCCAAAAAGCACAGAUAACAUUCCCUAGCACUAUGAACGGUGUUGAUUAUAUGUAGAAUAUUUUGUGUAUACUGGUAUACUGGCAAAUAUAUGUUUUUAAUAUCUUAAAAAAGAA